AUGUCGCCCGCCAUUCGACGCUUAAUGAAAGAGGCGGCAGAACUUUCCGAAUCGGCGCCCUCUCCAUCACCGCAUUUCUGUGCGCAUCCCGUUUCUGACUCGAAUCUAUUUGAUUGGCACUUCACAUUGGCUGGCCCUCCGGCUCCAUCGCCAUACGCCGGAGGAAUCUAUCAUGGCCGCAUCGUCCUACCACCAACGUACCCAUUGAGACCGCCGUCCUUUCGCUUUCUGACACCAUCCGGGCGAUUUGAAGUCAAUCGUGAGAUCUGCCUCAGUAUCAGUGGCCACCAUGAGGAAACGUGGCAACCCGCGUGGGGGAUACGUACUGCACUGACAGCCAUCAGAAGCUUUAUGGAUGGGGACGCUAAGGGGCAAUUAGGUGGUUUAGACGCGCCAGAAGAUGUGCGGAGGAUGUGGGCUGAGAAAAGCCGAACAUGGAGUUGUGAAUGUAUGGGCGGAAAGACAAAUGAAAAAGUCCUCAAUGAGUGGCGCGCGGUUUGUUCACGAAAGGGUAUAUCCGUGGACGAUCAGGAUCGGGAGACAGUGCCCGAGGAGUUACGAAUGAGCUAUAAGAACAGUGCCAACGAAUGCCAAUCACGGUCGAUUGCCAAUGCAGUCGACAUGCAAGAAGAGUCGUCUACUGGCCCAGCAGCAGCCACUAUAAGCUCAACACAGCAAGAGCCUUUGCCAUCACCUUCACCAGAUACGUCGAUGCGUGAUCACAGCAUCGUCCACAAUAUCUCCGACACCAACGCCCACAACCACAAUGGCUAUGACUACAUCACAUACGAGCACAGUGAGUAG